CAACGCUUGUUCAUGCAUCGGGGCUUAUCGGCACAACAUUAGCAACCGCUGGAAUCCAGAUCAAGGAAAAGUGAAAUCUUCUGCGCCAUGUGAAUUAUUUCUACUUGCUGACCAGAGCCGAUAUUGGAAUUGCACUUACCACGCUUCAUCACACAUGCAAAUAAUUGGGACUAUUUUGAUUCCUGUGAUGUUUCUCAAGCCUUUAAUAAUGUUUGCAUCGGAGUUAAUAAGAUGAACGAGUGCGGCAACGAACGAUUUAUGCACUUCCAGUAUAAUUAUGCGACUACAAUUUAUAUGGAUUCAAUGGAUUUUGCGCUAAUCAGGACACCAGUGUAACACAUCCCUCGACCGGCGAACAACGGGACGAUGGCCGGACUCCAUGUGCGCAUCUGCAUCUUGAUCUCAAUCCUCCCCGGACUCCUACACGCACAAUCCACCAGCAGUGACAGCGUGGUGGACAUUCCCACAUUCUCCCAGCAUCCCCGCUCCCAAAUCCUCCUGCCGCGGCACCGGCUGACGCUCAACUGCCAGAUCACGCUGGACACGGCGCAUCCGGUGGAGGGUGCAGAGGCCGUCCAGUGGAAUAUUGCCGGUAUAAAGUGGCUGCUGAACGGAAGCCGUAUCGACGAGGAUGCCGGCAAUGCGGACGGCCUGGUCAAUAUUCAUUAUCCCGCGCCUAAUGAGAGUGUACUGGUCAUUGAGCGGCACAACCAGAGCUGGGAUGGUGUUUACCAGUGUCUGGCCAGAUUGGAUCAGCCGGGGCUGAAUAGCUCGGCCAGUCUACUCAGCGAACCGGCCCGCGUCACAAGUGCCUCAAUGCCAAAACUGAGGAAAACACCGGAUCAAGUGGUAGAAGCCCUGGAAAAUCAGACUGCCCUCCUAAGCUGUGAUAUCCCCGAUAUGUAUCCGCGUCCCCUCAUUUCCUUCCUCCGCGAACAUCCCAUCAUCAGGAUCCCCUUAUCCUCCGAUAAAUACUACACAUCCCAACAGGGCACCCUCCAGAUCGCAUCCGUUACGCCAUCCGACGCCGGUCAUUACCGCUGCGUGUACACUAACCCAGUGGGCGGUCACGAGCGCAAGUCACGCCAGCGUAUCCAUCUCAAGAUCAUCAAAACACCCAAGCCGACCACCCCCACUACGCUGCGCUUCUUAACCAAACCCCCCGCCAAUCCGCAGCGCCUGGAGACCGGCCAGAACGUGACCCUGGAGUGCGCGGCGGCCGGUGUUCCACUUCCCAGCGUCACUUGGGAGCGCUACACGGCUCCCCUGCCGUCCACCGCCCAACUGAUUGCCGGCAAUUUAUUUAUCGUUAACUUCCAGUCGGAUGAUGCCGGCACGUAUGCGUGCAAAGCCAGUAAUGGGCGGGAAACGAUUGAGUCGGUACGGACCGUGCAUGCCGGUGCUGCGCCGCAUUUUCCCACGGUGACGCCCAGUCUGCACUUUCCUGUGUACCUGGGGCAGCCGUUUACACUGACCUGUCCGGUGGAAGGCGCACCGGCUCCGAGCAUCCAGUGGUACCACAACGGAUUAUUAUUGCCUAGCGAAACCGAUGCCAGUGUCGAUGUGGAAGCUUCGAACACGGAGCACAGCGGAUUUUAUCAGUGUUUCGCCACCAACGAGUUCGGGACCAAAAGCCGGACGUAUCAAGUAGAUGCGGUACCGGAACCGACGAGCACCACCACCACCACAACAACGACAACUACAACGCCCACUACGACUACAACCACUACGACACCAACGACCACGACGACAACCACAACAACGACGCCAACUACCACCACCACAACUACGACGACCACCACAACGACAACAACCGAACCGACGACGACGACCACCGAGACAACGACCCCUGAAGAAACAACGACGGAAAAGCCAACGAAACCGUACUGGGAAAUAUUUAACAAGCAGGACGAGGGUGACGAGACCGAAAUUACCCUGGAUCUCACAGUGCCAACAACAUCUUAUUCACCAACAGACCGCUCCUUACCCGCGGGACGAUCCGACUACAUUAUCAAUCCUGAAUCAUUCUCCGUCAUCGACGACAUGCUGAACGGUGUCACUCCAACAGAGACGACACCCGAGCCAACGACGACUGAAUCAUCCACAACGACCACCACACCGACAGCCGACGAGUUCACCGAACUCCCAGAGUGGAUGCCGGAUGCGCACCCCGACACUAUCGACUACACCGAUCUCUGGCCGGUGUCCGAGCCGGACCCGGCGAUGACCCCAGGCUACGAUGACGUCGCCACCACAAAAAAACCAAAGAAAGGGAAGAAGCACAAAACCACCAAACCGCCGCAACGAACACCAUCGGACUAUGAUGAAGACGAGGAGGAUGAUGACGAUGAACUACUGGUCCCGCCCAGUCAACCGGAAGUAGAGAAAACCAGCGGGACCGCAGUGAUGCUGCGGUGGGAUGUGCCGCCGAAUGAUGGGCUGGAUAUCACGUUCUUCCGGGUGCAGUAUCGGGAUAUGGACGUCCAGAAGGACUGGAGUACCACGGAGGAUUUGAUCCCGAAUGAUUGGCGCGCCUAUGAAGUGGGGAAUUUGACGCCGGGUCACAGCUACCGGUUCCGGAUUGCCGCGGUAUACAGUAAUAAUGACAACCGGGUGGGGCGAAAAUCACGGAAAUUUAAGUUAACCGACGUGGGGAGUGUCGAGGAGACGACGACGGUGACGGUGGCGCCUUCUACCGAUGCACCGGAGCAGCCGCCGGUAAUUAUUGGAGCGGAAUCAACGACCAACACGAUCACGCUGCGCUGGAUGCAGCCAUCGUCCCCGGUGAAAGGUUACUACCUCCACUUCCGCGAACUGACCUCAACGAAGAAAUUUAUUCGACACCGUAUUCUGGACGUCGGAAGCACGGUGUAUACGUUGACCGAUUUAUUGCCGGCCACCCAGUACCAGAUUAAAAUGCAGAGUUUUAACCAGGUGGCUAGUGAUUAUAGUAAUGUAUUCGAAUUCGCCACCCAGCCGGAGACGGCGGUUAACUAUACGAAACCCUCAGAGAUGCGCUCAUCCAAUCCGACGGUACCGGCGGAUGACUUCUUCCUGGCCGGUGCCAACAAUACACAAAAGACCAGCGAUCUCCUGUACAUGGUGCUGGGGAUUGUGCUGGGCUCAGCGUUUUUGGUAUUGUUGAUUUUUAUGAUGGCUUGCAAGAUUCGACAAUACCAAGCCAAGAAAAAGACGCUGGAUAAUCCGCGCGUGCGAAACCGGUUGCGGAGUAGUUCGCGUGAUUUGACUAAGGAGAGGACCAAUACCAUGCAUACGCCGGGUUAUCUGCAUCCGGCGUUUAGUGCCAAUGGGGCACCGUUCGGCAAAAGCCAGAGUAAUGGAGAACUGGAUGUCAUGCGACCCUUGGCGUCGCCGCAUGAGAACGAUAACGACAGCGAACCGGAAACAGAAAGCGUUGAGAGAUCAGUUCCUCGGUCGCGAAAAGCAAGUCCUUUGGAUAACCACAGUUUAUAUAACGAUCCAAAUGAGGAUCUGUAUAUGCCGGAGCGGACUACGGGCACCUUUCGGCGUCCCAGUUCGGCCCAUCCGGCCAUGAUGAUCCCGACGUGGAACGACACCAUGUCCGAAUACAGUACGAACACUGCCCGCAGUGUGGAUUAUAUGGGCCGGCGAAACAAGCUCAGAUCUCAGAUCAAACCGCAAGCUCAAAUAAUCAACUAUUUCGAAUGAUACGAACCCCCCUAAACUGGUCCCUGCUGUGUCCAUACUCCGCAUGUCACACUGCACAUAGGCAUUUCGCUUCAGAUGAACGGUGUUCAAUAAGUAUUAGCGUCGUCUUGUUUUUUUUCUCUGUACAGUUGUUGUUAUUCAGUGUUUCCUUUGGUAUUUGGAUUUUUGUUUCGUGCUACAUCGUUGUAUGAUGUGCUUUUUUAAUUUGAUUUGCUUCUGACCAAUUUUUCCUGUUGAGAAGCGUGGAAGUCGUUACCCUUACGAAUCUCAAUGAAAUGGCAGCAAUUUGACAAAUAAAGCACAGUGA